GUCGCUCGAAACUUGAAGCCGGUUCUCCCCGCACCAGCUCCGCACCGCGCGGCGCCAAGGUCUUCCGAAGCCAAAAACAUGGAGGACGCUGUCAACAACUCGACAAACUCCGUGAUCAACGCUUCUAACUCGACCCUCAAAAGAAAACACUCCACCGAAGAGAUCAGCGACGAGAAUCUCAAGCUACGAACAAAGCACGACAAUGAAUAUUUUAAGUGCUACUCGGGUCUGGACAUCCACAGAGAGAUGAUUGGCGAUGUGGCGCGAACUUUCACCUACCGCAAGGGAAUUCUCAACAACUACAGCAGCAUCUAUCAAAAAGCUGUUCUUGAUCUCGGUGCCGGCACAGGCAUUCUUAGCAUGUUUUGUGCACAAGCUGGUGCUCGGAAAGUUUAUGCAGUUGAGGCCAGCGACAUAGCCGAAGUAGCAAGAAAAGUGGUUUCGUCAAACAAGGUUGACGACCAGGUCACAGUCAUACAAAGCAGAGCGGAGGACGCCACCCUCCCCGAGAAAGUGGACGUCAUAGUCAGUGAGUGGAUGGGUUACAUGCUUUUGUACGAAUCCAUGCUGCAGUCCGUGAUAUUUGCAAGAGACAAGUGGCUGACAAAGGAUGGAGUCUUGCUCCCCGAAAAAGCCCGCAUGUUCAUCGCUCCCUUGACUGAUCCUGACGAAGGUCUCGAGAGGAUUGAAUUUUGGAAGAUGGUGAAGGACAACUUUCAUGUGGACAUGUCCUGCGUGACCGAGUUUGCGAGGGCAGAGAUGUACAAGCACAUCACCGUAAAGACUGUGGACAUGGAGAAUGUGAUCUCAAGGGGGACCUGCUUUCUGGAGUUGGACCUCUACACUGUCAAAUCUGAAGACCUGCAGUGCAUCAAGGAAAACUUCAUGUGCUGCUGUUACGGUCACGGCCGAGUCCACGCCUUCGUCAUCUGGUUUUCCGUGGAGUUCCCGAGGGACGUCAUCCUUUCUACAUCUCCCUAUGAUUCUGAGACGCACUGGCAACAGACAGUGCUAUACAUCAACCCCGUGGAUGUGAAGCAAGAUUCGGAAAUCAGGGGAACCAUCACCAUCAAUCCUAGUGCAGAGCAUCACAGAAUGCUGGACGUGGAGCUGGCCUUCACUGUGGAUGGAAGGCAGCCUCGAAAACAAGUGUACAGAAUGAAUGACUGCGGGCCCUGACAGGGUUGGCCCAGCUCCCUGUGUGUCUCCAUUGUGGACAUUUGUAUAUUUAUUGAGUGACAUGUACAGUGGACAUUGUUUCUUUGUGUGGCACAAAUAAAUAUAAAUGUCUAGGCCGUUUCA